ACACACACACAAACACACGUCAGCUCACAUCCCCACAUCCCCACACACCCAAGAUGUACGGGUGUGCGCCCCAACACAUAACUUGGUCCACAUCUCCAUGCACUUUACCACUGUAGGAAAAGCUAACAAAACCAGGCACCGUCCACCACUGACCGUCACUCCGCCUGAGGAAUCCCAACCACCGAGUCCAUUCCAAACGUCAUCCGCGCAAGUCAACAUGAAGAUGCUGCUGCUGCUUCUCGCUGCCGUCGUCGGCAUGGCUUAUGCCGCACGGCCAUGCUCUGCACCCUUUGAGCUGACAGUAAGUCGUGUUCAAUAUAUUACUGUAUGAUUUGUGCGUGCCGGUGGAAGCUUUAGCCAGCGUGUAGUUUUUGCUCGCCUCAUUUGAGGAUGUAAGGAAAUUCCAAUGUUCUAAAAGUGUUGCCCAAGCAAUGAGGUCAAUAUCUGAAGAGUUCACUUGUUUAGUUAGAGUAACUUGCGGCACCUGUCUUGCCUGACAUACGACUCACACCGAAAGCCAUUUCUGUUUUAAAAGUUAGUCGCUAGACAUUUUUAUUUAAAAAGUUAGUGGCUAGCCAUUUUUUUUUUUUUUUUUUUUUUUUUUUUUUUUUUUUUUUUUUUUUUUUUUUUUUUUUUUUGUUUUUUUUUUUUGGUCAUUAAAAUAUCAAUAUAGUUGGGGGGGUGAAAAAAUUUGCGGGUUCGAGCCUGGGGUGGGGGGGGGGGGAGCGCUAAUUGGGAUUCUUAUAAAGUGCCUAACUUGCAGGCAUGUUCUGUCAAAAUGUCAGCCCACCGACAUUGCUAGAUAUACCAUCUUAGAAAGGACUGAUACGAAAACCUAUGUUUUAAAGUUUUUUUUUAAUACUGCAAGGCUUACAUCAGCUAAAUGGCAUAGACUUGUUGCGUUCUAUGAGACGUCACCUCCUGUGUACACUUUAACAUUUCCCGAUUGGCGCAAAUGGCGUCGCUGGUUGGUUUUUGACGUCUGGUUGCCAAGUCAUAUUAAAACAUAAUUUCUGUUUGAAGUUUGUUAGAAUAUCAAAUAAACUUAGUUGGCUAAAAAUGUUGUCUAAAAUCAUGGGGACAAUAGAGUUAUAUCAAAUUCCCCGAUUGCAAUCUUAACGCAGAAUGUUUGUCAUCUAAAAUACGCUCAGUGUGAGUUGUUUUUUAAAAAUUGGUCUUGGGUGGGAGGGGGGGGGGAGGUGGGCCUUACGUUUUGGGUUUGUUUUGUGGUGUUGUUGCUGGAAAUGUCUUUUUGUAUUUGGCCACAUGCCUUCAUUGCUGCUGUUGGUUUUUUUUUUUUUUUUUUUUUUUUUUUUUUUUUUUUUUUUUUUUUUUUUUUUUUUUUUUUUUUUUUUUUUUUUUUUUUUUUUUUUUUUUUUGUUUUUUGCGCAAUGCUACUGUUGGUUGCAACAAUGUUGAACGAACAUAAGUAGAGAAAGCCAUUUCAGUCAAUCUACUGGCGUCGGUGGCUAGUUCUGACAGUGUCAGUGUCAGUCCUUGCAUUACAUCUGGACAUGUGGACAUUGGACAUUAACUGGUUGCGGUAGCCUUAAUGGAGAAUACGGUAUGUCAGGGAUGGUCAUGGAGAGUACUAUCCCAGUAGCAUCAUGGACAGUACUAUCCCAAUAGCAUCAUGGACAGUACUAUCCCAAUAGCAUCAUGGACAGUACUAUCCCAAUAGCAUCAUGGAGAGUACUAUCCCAAUAGCAUCAUGGAGAGUACUAUCCCAAUAGUAUCAUGGAGAUUGCUAUCCCAAUCGUAUUAUCAAAUCGGCCAGGUACCCUGGGAUUCAAAAACGUUGCGCCUUGCAGAAUGUCAAAACAACACAAUAGAACGCCCCCCCCUCCCCCCACCCCAAACCGCUUUGCCCUUGUUGAUUCUGGCGGCAUCUCAACUUAACCAUAGUACGGCCCGGGGGCUUAGUAGAAUGAGGAACAGUUGGGACUCAGAGACAACUCAAGCUUCAACUGAUCUCAAACAGGGCCAGGCAUUCAUGAGUAGGGCUAAAUGCUUCAGUCACCAAUUUCAAAAUAAAAUAAACGUAAUAGCUCAAGUGUGCUCAACGAAGUUGCGGGGUACAUUAUUAUUGACCGUUUGUGUACACACAAAAAUGAACUUCAGGGUGCCCCAUGGGUUAUACAUCUAAGGCAAAGAUGCAAGGCGAGUGGCGUACGAAUGGGCUGGACGGGUCGGUAGGUCCGGGCGGCUUUUUUUCUUUAUAAGGUGGUGUGGCAUUUUCGUCCAACUGCCGAGCUUUUUUCGUAGAAGGGGGCGGAGCAUUUGUCGUCCGCUCCUAGCAGCACAAACCCCAACUACGCCACUGUGCCAUCUCGAUUUCAGCAUUUAUUCAUUUUUAAGUAGCAAUAGUUUUCCUUCUCACGGCGUCUACACAAGAUGUUCUUUCAAUUGCUGAACUCAUUCAAAGGCGACAAGGCCCUCCAUUUAAGAUACCAACACCGUACUUGACACCUCAGCUAACUUUGACCCGGCUCAUGUGCCACACGUCUUCGCCCGACGUACAUUGGUUUCAGGUUAAGGUAGUCGCAUCUCUUGAAGUUCAAGUGGGGCCACAGCUUCCCUCUUCGUUAUCUUCGGGUUUCAUUGAAACUAUUGGAUGAUUGAUCGUCACAACAAUCAUCUUACUACCUUAUCUUACAGUAGAUAUUCGUAGAAUCCUUUUAUGUUCAGGCAAAGUACAACGGCUCAUACAAUAAACGAACAUGUCUCGGCCAUUAGCUCGUAAGCAUGGACUUAUUAACAUAUACACUUAUAUAAUUUUGGGUUGAAGGCUUUUGUGCAGUGAGUGAUGACGUCAAUUUAAAAAUUUAGAGAAAUAUAAGCAGAACAAGUUUAACGAAUCUAUUAUUAUACUGACUACGGUUGUCGUGUGCGUGUGAUUGUUUGUUAUGGCUAGUUUUACCCCCCCCCCCCAACCACCUUUCAUCAAGUAAAUAAUAAAAGACAAAAAUGUUGAAUUCAUUUGUUGAUGGGGGUUAAUCAAAUUGUGUUAGCAGGGUUGACUCCAACAUCAAAUUGUGUUAGCAGGGUUGACUCCAACAUCAAAUUGUGUCAGCAGGGUUGACUCCAACAUCAAAUUGUGUCAGCAGGAUUGACUCCAACAUCAAAUUGUGUCAGCAGGGUUGACUCCAACCCCCUCCGUCCCAAAACCCCCUAAGGAGCGCAUCUAAUUUGUCAUGUGCAGUGGGCCAAGGGCGACCACCCAGCGCCAAGGGCCAGUACCCGUUUGUCCCUAUUAUGCAACUUUUUUUACGUGGCAAUAAAAUUAUCGACGUCACUUCCACUCGUGAUUAUUCCCUCGACCCACCCCGGUUCCACCCCCUCCCACAUAGCAGUGUAUAUCGGUUUUUAUCACGUAAUUUUUACACCCCCCCCCCCCAGCAACACCGGCGUUAUUAUUCUAUUUCUGUUUCUGGUAUUUGGCAAGGGAAGGCUACCCUGGGAUAAUUUNUAUAUCGGUUUUUAUCACGUAAUUUUUACACCCCCCCCCCCCCCGCACCACCGGCGUUUUUUUUCUAUUUUUGUUUCUGGUAUUUGGCAAGGGAAGGCUACCCUGGGAUAAUUUGAUGAACCAACUUGGCACUGGUUAGAGGCCAGAGGUCAAUCACGUAGCAGUUUAAAUAAACCUGCCAGAAAUGUCGCCCAUCCUCACAGGAUGGGUUGCCUUAAUUAAUAGACUAGCCAAAAGACCCUUUGACCAAACGAACGCGUGACCCGAGCAGCUCUGAGCUACUGACAAAAACAAUAUUCUGUUCUAAACAACGUGUAAAUUUAACUAAACAUUUGAAAUAAACAGCACACCACAUGCUGAACAAUGAACUAGGAGUUUAUAUUAUGAAUAUAUUUAUGCACUACCACCUCACCCCAACACAAACACCCCCAGCCGUCAUGGUUAUGCACUACCACCUCACCCCAACACAAACACCCCCCACCGUCAUGGUUAUGCACUACCACCUCACCCCAACACAAACACCCCCAGCCGUCAUGGUUAUGCACUACCACCUCACCCCAACACAAACACCCCCCACCGUCAUAGUUAUGCACUACCACCUCACCCCAACACAAACACCCCCAGCCGUCAUGGUUAUGCACUACCACCUCACCCCAACACAAACACCCCCAGCCGUCAUGGUUAUGCACUACCACCUCACCCCAACACAAACACCCCCAGCCGUCAUGGUUGUGCACUACCACCUCACCCCCACACAAACACCCCCAGCCGUCAUGGUUGUGCACUACCACCUCACCCCAACACAAACACCCCCAGCCGUCAUGGUUAUGCACUACCACCUCACCCCAACACAAACACCCCCAGCCGUCAUGCCCCCAGCCGUCAGGGUUAUGCACUACCACCUCACCCCAACACAAACACCCCCAGCCGUCAGGGUUAUGCCCGCCGCCUCAGCUCCCGCCCCCCUACAUCAGAAAUGCCCACAGGUCUUCAGAUUAUGACGUCACUGUCAGGGCAGCCUUGCUAUUGCCCAUAUCAAGGAAACCUUCAGUGAAGACAACACAAUUAAGAGUUCAAUCCAGGGGUCGUUAUCUCCCCUUGCCCUUCCUUCGUUAACUUAACGGUUAGCCUAACGGAUGAGUUAUCGGACCUGGCGUUCACCCUUGUCCGUAUCACCUUACAACCUGUUUGGUGACAGUUAUCUCAUGGUAAUCUCUCAAAGGGAGAUGUGGCGGGCCACCUACGGACUGUAAGACCUCUAAGAACUUGUUUUGGUUUAAACCAUUCGUCUUUGUCAUCGUUCAUUCGUCAUCUCGUAACAUUUCGUUUAAUUGGCAACCAUAUGAAAACGUGCAGGUAUUCUCAAAGUUCAUUUACUUUUAGACCCUACACGCCCUCUGUGGGCGCCUCCCCUCCCCUCCAACCCCACCCUCCACGCCCCUUCCUGGGUACUUUUUAUCCGUGUCCCUCAAAAAGGAUGAAAAGCAUAUGUCAAUUUUAAAUCAUCCAAGCAUUUCUCAAACAUUUUGAACAGAUAGCAGUUAAGGACCAGGAGAAGUUGUUUUUAAAAUGUCUUGUUGAUUUGGGUUUGAAGGUUUGUUGAUAUGGGUUUGAAGGUUUGUUGAUUGUGGUUGACAGAUUUCGAAGAUUGAACGAGAAACGUCGCUGCUAAAAUGCAUGCAGAUCCCUCCAGCUCUAGAAAUGAUUGAAUAUUUCUUGUAUCUGAAGGUUUCACUGCAAAGAAGCGGUGGAGGGAUGUGGCCCCAAAUCCGUUUACCGUUCAAAUUUCAUUUUUGAUAUCGCCACAUAAACAUAGUCUUGAUAGCGUAUCUAUGGUUCUUCAUUACUACAUAUCACCCGGUGAUUACACUUUAAGUUAUUGUUUUUAAAACAAUUAUAGACGACUAUUUAACUGACAUAUCUAAGGUACGUACAUAAAUAUCGUAGGUCAGUUGAAUAUAAAUCUACCAAUCUAAGCUAUAUAGAUAAAUAUCUAGGUAGAUUUAUAUUUUUGAAACAAGGUUGUGAGAAUUAGCCUCCUUGCGCACAGAAAAAGGCAAAUCUACAAAAGCGAUUAGUCGAUGGGAGAAUUUGUCCAAAGCUUCUGACCUUGAAGGGUGUUUACAGUGUUGGCUGGUGUGUUUACACAUGCACUUUCAGCUGUGGUCAUCUACAUCUCAAGCUCUUGGCCAGUUGGUGUCGCGCUGAACGGUUGCGUACGUUGUGUCCAAUAACGAUGGUCAAGUUAUCACGUGGUAUGUAGACAUUGGACCAUGCUAGGGAAGAGUCUAAGGUCUGACCUAUGGACAUAGGCCAGUGCGCUUCCUCACUGAAGUGAAAUUAUUCCCUGCGGACUUUGGUGCGUUACAACAAAGGGUUAAGUGUUGUUGGAGAUGGAAACAUUCAAUAUUUGGAGGAUCUUGUUCACAUAGCGUUCACACACACAUAUAUAUAUAUAUAUAUAUAUAUAUAUAUAUAUAUACAUAUGAAAUUGUUUGAGAUGUUUCUUGAGUUUAUCCUUAUGAUCCACCCACCCAUUGAACUAUAUGUUUGACCACUAGUGUACUUGUCCGUGUGUCCACAGUUCAGGGCAUCCCGCCACGACCAGGCAGACACCUAUUACAGGAGGUACUACACAGAGUAUGACAGGCCUAACCAGAGAGUCGUCAUGUUUGAGGAGUCUUUCACCGGAGGCACCAGGGAGUGAGUCCACGCUUGUCUCUGUCCGCACAAAAUCAGACCAAAUACUUGGUGACGUACUGUACUGGGUGACCAACAGCUGGACCGCCGCUUACGGUCGCACAGCGAUAGUUAAACACGGACAUACGACAAUAGAUACAGAUACACAUUUGACUACCCUGCACAACAGGAGAUAACCAUUUGUAGUCUUGGUACUCUAGAUAAAUUCUUGUUGUACUGCCAAUUACUUACAUGGAAUACUAGACAAACACGGGCGUCCAACAUUCGAUGACCAACUGUUGCAUUGUCACUUACUUGGGCAAACAGCAAUAGAUGGUUAGUUGUUGGACUACCACUUACAAACAUACAGCCAUACCACUUCCACUUACACAUACACUAAUAAAUGAACGAUCGAUUGCUGAUCUACCACCUUAAAAAUACUUCAAUAAAUGGUCAGUUUUUUGGCUGUCAAUUACAAACAUACAACAAUAAAUAAACAGGGACAUACAACAUAGUAUGGUCAGACAAUAAUCCUGCAAGAUUUUAUUCAAACAAUGACAUUACGGUAUUCAACGAUGGACAUUGUACUUAAUAUUCAGUUAUCAAAAGACGACAACUGUAUUGAUCGAUACAUCAUUUUCAUCCUUGCUUUUCAAGAAACUUCUAUAUCCUGUGUCUAAUGUCCAUACCACUCUAUAGCACUGACAUCAAUGUCCUGAUUCUAAUGUCCAUACCACUCUAUAGCACUGACAUCAAUGUCCUGAUUCUAAUGUCCAUACCACUCUAUAGCACUGACAUCAAUGUCCUGAUUCUAACGUCAACAUCACUCUAUAGCACUGACAUCAAUGUCAUGAUUCUAAUUUCCACAUCACUCUAUAGCACUGACAUCAAUUUCCCGACUCUAAUGUCCACGCCACUAUAUAGUACUGACAUCAUCAAUGUCCUGAUUCUAAUGUCAAUACCACUCUAUUAGCCUAUAGCACUGACACUUGAUCGCAUCUUCGCCACUCUCCUACACAAUACAAAUUAAAUGCCAAGUGAUUCUCAACACUUUUCUGACCCUUGACCCCACAGAAUCCGUGAGUUCCUGUUCCUCCACUACAUUGACACCGGCUUCGAGUACGACUUCAAGCUGAAGAACUGCACCAGAUUCAGUACCGGCCCGUUCCGCCCCUUCGAGGUCCCCUACAACUCCACCUACGAGGGAUCCUUCCAGGUCGGCGGACCAGGCGAGGACCUCACUGUUGAUGUGUGGUCCGACCGACUCCCCACCAGACGUAAGUUAUCAUCUUUACCACGCGAAUAUUUUUUAUAUAGCGGAGAAAUAGUGGAGAUAUUGGGGAUAUAGUGAGGAUAUAGUGGAUAUAUAGUGAGGAUAUACUAGAGAUAUUGGGGAUAUAGUGAAGAUAUAGUGGAGAUAUUGGGGAUAUAGUGAGGAUAUAGUGGAAUUAUAGAGGAUAUAUAGUGAGGAUAUAGUGGAGAUAUUUGGGAUAUAUUGAAGAUAUAGUGGAGAUAUAGGGGAUAUAGUGAAGAUAUAGUGGAGAUAUAAUUGAGAUAUAGUGAGGAUAUAGUGGAGAUAUUGGGGAUAUAGUGAAGAUAUUGGGGAUAUAGUGAAGAUAUAAUGGAUAUAUAGUGAAGAUAUAGUGGUGAUAUAGUGGAGAUAUAGUGAAGAUAUAGUGAAGAUAUAGUGGAGAUAUAGUGAACACACUAAACUACCAAUAGCCACAACUUAAACACACUGACUUGACAACCCCUAACCCAACCCCUAUCAAUCCCUAUCAACCACUAUCAACCCCUAUCAACCCCUAUCAACCGCCGAAUCAUCCUUUUUCCUGGAGAGUUAGUAAACAUUAUGGGUGGCAUAAUUUGGGUUAGUCUGGUUAGUGCCGCCCGGGGCGGGCCAAGAUUUUUCCGCCCCCUACUUGGAAAAAAGAAAAUCUGCAGUCGGUCUCAAUGCCGCCCCUCAAUAUAAAGAAGAAGAAAAAGGGGGGGGGGCGCUACUCGGGUGGACCGUCGUCCUUCCUUCGACCCAGCUGGUGAAUCUUGACUGAAAGACAGAGACUGCAUUCAUUGCUUUUGAAAUGUAUUAUUUUGAGAGGGGGGUGGGGGUGCAGGCCGUUUGUAGGGUAAUGAGGGCGCCUGGAGAUACGCUAGGAUUGCUGGCGGUUAUCUGUGGUUACUGGGUGGCGGCAAACGAGCUGUACGCUUGAGGGGAGGAUGAAGGUGAAACGGUGUUGCUGUAGGGGUUGUUGGGUGGAUGGCACAUUGAGAAGAAAGGUCAGAAUACACAAGAAAGUUAUUAACCGGAAGUUCAUGGACACCAUUUCGAGUGCUGCAAUUCGCCAGCCUGAACGUGUAGUCUAGAAUCUAGACUAUAUUUAAAAAAUAGUCUACGCUUGAUAUCUUUACUUUUGUUUCCCUUCAUUGUAUCUCUCUCUCCCUGGUUCACGCUAGCCUCCCACCCCCAUUCCCUUUUCACUCAUGUGCUUCCGAUUCGACAAAGAACCCCCCUCCCCAACACCCCCCAGGUUCUCUCCCCACUGACAACUUGCCGAGAAUUGAUGCCAAAAAAAGCGUCCACGGUUUGGCUUUGUUGUUUGCCAACGGGGCGACAUCGCCUCCCUCGUCAAAGGUUUCAACUGGCGUGGUCCCGAGCGUUUAGCCAGUGUCCUGGCGAGCACUCGCCACUCGCCGCCGUUGUUGUAAUGGCCAUUGAUUUCAAAGUGUGCUCAAGCGGCCUGAGAGUGGGGAUCAGCCCACGGGCAAUUUCGGCGAGGCGUCCCCCACAUAAGUCACCCAACACACCGACGCUUCUAAUGCCGACUACCUUCCUUCGAAAGGCGCCUUUUUGUGUGUGUGGGUUUUUGCUGGUAUUGUCUUUGUGAAGGUCGUGGAUCCUCUAGAUGCUCAGAGACAACAUUACAUUGGUUUAACAUUUCACAUUAUCGGAAUGUGUGUGCUUUUUUAUUAUUAUUUUUUUUUUCAUUUACUCUUGAGGAAUUUAUGUAACUACCGCAAACGAAGUGCAGGGAUUUGUGCUUGGGCAAUCGAGUGUGGAAGAGGGAUGUCGCGUGGGGGAGGGACGGAGUGUGUGGGAGGGAUGGGCUGUGGGGCAUGGAGAGUAGGGGAGGGACGGCGUUUUGGGGCGGGGCGGAGUCUGGAGAAGGAAUGAACCAUGGUAAAUGAUGGAGUGUGGAGGGGAGUUAUGGCAAAGGAAGCAGUUAGUGAAAAAACUGUAAUGACAAAAUGUGAUGGUUUUAAGUCGUUAUCCUGGAUCAGUUGAGCUGUGCAGAGCCGGUGUCACGUCAAUGAUAGAAUUGGCGCGAAUUAAAAUUAAACUCAUUUUUUUUUUAAAUUCCAUUUCAAUCACAAAGCUUUGAACACAUUGCUUUGAGGUUAUCAAAGAAACACAUGCUGUUGAUGUGUCUCAGCAACCGGAGGACACCCCGAAUGUGGUUAACAACGAAUCGUCUCAGCAAUAAUGAUUUCAAGUGCCACGCAUGGUCACAGAAUAUAUACGGAUAAUUGAUGAUGUUCCCCUCCCACCUUUUCCCAUGUUGGUGCAUUGCAUGGCAUCCCCUUUCCCCUUCUCCAUACUUCACACGGGCCUGGAAGUAGAACAAUUUCCAACCCCUUCUCCAUACUUCCCACGGGCCUGGAACUAGAACAAUUUCCCACCCCUUCUCCAUACUUCACACGUGCCUGGAACUAGAACAAUUUCCAACCCCUUCUACAUACUUCCCACGGGCCUGGAACUAGAACAAUUUCCCACCCCUUCUCCAUACUUCGCACGGGCCUGGAACUAGAACAAUUUCCCACCCCUUCUCCAUACUUCCCACGGGCCUGGAACUAGAACAAUUUCCCAUCCCUAAAGCCACACGACGCACGGGACUGGAACUAGAACAAUUUCCCACCCAUUCUCCACACGUCGCACAGGCCUGGAACUAGAACAAUUUCCCACCCCUUCUCCACACGUCGCACGGGUCAGGAACUAGAACAAUUUCCCACCCUGACGUCUAAUCUUUAUUCUUGCAGGUGAAAAUUGGAUCGGAGAGUUCUCCCUGAGAAACUGCUACCCCGUGAGCCAGUUCCUGGUGGACACCGUCAACUUCAACCGUACCUCCAUCUCCCACUUCUUCGACGCCGUCCAGGGCAUCGUCAACCCCAACGACUUCGACGUCCCGACCGAGUGCUCCCGCCUGACCGCCAACAGUCCAAUGUCCGAGAGCGCCAGGAUCGCCCGGUCCAUGUACACCGGAACGUUCGAGCAUUAAGCGGGACACGACCAGCUGGGAGUGCUUUCCUUGACCGACUUCCUGAUUGAUUCAUCGUUAGUUCCUCGAGGGAGACCUGAGAUCAGGAAUCUUGUUUGUGGUUUUGACGUUAGAAUAUGAUUAAGAGUUUGUUAGGAAGGACUCCAACAACAAAAAGGUUUCAAUAUUAGCAUGUUUUUAUUUCGUCACUUCAGAAUGAAAACAUUAUAUUUUUUUUUGUUACUGGUUUGUGUCAUUUAUUAUUAAUGUUUUUGUUUUAAACUGUAGGAAGAUUUGUUUUUUUUUUUUAAAUUUUAACCAAUUUCUUGAUGACGUCUCACGAGUCUUUCAAACGAGGGUAAACAAGUAUGGCCGACGGGCGACUUCCGGGUUGCUUGUUGUGUUGAUAUGUUUACUUUGCUCAAUUUGCAUUUAUUUUGUUCAAAUACCAAACCAGUUCUAACCAGUGGCUGAUUGAAUAAAUCCUCUACACUGUGUUCCACCGCUGUUCAGUUAUGUUGUUGUAACCGAUGUGCCUGCUGUGUGUGUGCCGCGCGUGCCAAAGCGUGUAGUUUACUUCAAAACACACCCGAACGGUCCUACACCUAAGCUGACCAUAACAAACUUUCCAGUUGUGUCUGAUCGUCUGAUCAUCUAUUCACAUCUUCGUAAAUGUCUCGUUUCGUUCAAUGACUCCAGACUGAUCUAACAUUUUAUAGGACUAAUCAACGUUUAACAGAAAAUGGUUAACAUAUUUUUUAAAAGAAUAUUUUUUUUUUUUUUUUAUACUGCAAGACAUUUUGGAACCUUCCAGAAAAGGCCUUGCAAGCUCACCAAAUGCUGCGCUGUGAUUUGUUCAAGUUAACCCUUGAAUGUAAGGGGAACUCACUCCCAACCCUACCCUCAACCUCACUGUAACUCUGUUACUAUUCUUUCAUCCAGCUAAGUAUAUUUUUUUAAAUGAACUCCCAUGCACCCUUUUAUUGACUGCGUAUCUGCUGGAGCAGCACAUGAAGGAAAUACCCAUCAACUAUUAAUUUGAACAAAUGAGUGAGACUUAAGAGUAAAAGAGAAUUCUGAAUAAAAAAUAUAAAAAAAAUAAUAAAAAAAAAAACCGUUUAAAUUUGAUGUAAUAAAUUGGUGUACAGUUCAGUUUAAUGUUUAUUUAAAACUCCUUAUUACAUGUAUUCUUGAUAUAUGCUACUUAAUUCAUGCAAGUGACACUGCUGAGCCGAUGCGAUGUGGGCGAACCAUUUGUUGACCGUUCUAAAAGUCAACCAGUCCGGUGUGUUGGGAGGCAAUCAAAAGGAGAAAUUGACUACAAUACUGAAUUGUUGGGAGGUGCUCCCAUCAGAUGUCAAUAACUGCUAGCUCUACAUGGCAGAGGUUAAGGGUCACUGAGGCCGUACCGUGCAAUACUCAGGGGCGUGGACCGUCGUCCGUAUGACGUCCGACAUUUUCUUUAUUCACCGUGUGUGUGGGUAGAUAUAAAUAUAUGUGUCUGUGUGUGUGUGUGUGAUGUAGUUAGUGCUCGAGACUUGUGGGACUCUGGGGACAAAUCUAAGUCGACUUCCAACCAGUGGUUACUUCCGGUAACUAGACCUAAUCAUACAAACAUUAGUACAAUGGAAACUUUUCAAUGAGGUUUCUUUGUUGGUCUAUGAUACAACAAGUUUGCCCCCCCCCCCUUUUUCAAUGUUUUGUGUGUUUUUAAAUGACAUUUCUCACCAUUUCCUUCUUGUAUACCCACCCUAACCCCACCCCCUCCCCCAUCAUUUUGCACAUUCAAAGCAAAUUGACAUUAAAAUUCGCUCAAAAGUUGUUGUUGUUUUUUUACCUACUAUAUUUUGUAAUGCAGAGUUUAAAGGGACAGACGUAUGACAAUUUCAGUCACGGGGUUGUUGAUUGUAGGUCAAAUCCUCUUCACUCAAUUGUUGAAUGUUGUCUGUGCGAAGACUGUGCGAGCCAUUGUAACAAGUUACAGCCAAUAAAUCCUUAUCACUUGGUCUCAUUUAUGUUUAUUAAGUUUAUAUUUAUAGAUAACCAGAACCGGUUUUUUUGGUGUGUUUUUCUGAGAUACAUAAAUGACCCGUCAAUAAAUGGCCAGAUUUUUAAGGAAAAAUUGGCUUUGCUGACAGAACUCGCCCACAGUGCCAAAUUGUAAAUAGUUUUUUUUUUUUAAAGUAAUACAAACGUAAAUAUAAACAAAUCGAUGUUUGAAAGUUAUUCUUUUUUUAAACGUAUUUCUAAAUGACGUUAUUUCAUACCUUUGAUGAAACAUUUUAAAAAAAAUGUGUUUAAAAAAAUGAUCCACUAACAUUGGAGAUGUGUGUUUCGAACUAAGGAAAGGGGGGAGCUGAGGAGCUGAGCAACGAGUCUAUACAACACUUUCUAAUGAC